UAUAUCGGUGCUGAACUGUACUGUCAGUAAAUUUGUGUAACACGAACAAAAAACACCCCUAAAUAAUUUAAACAAAUUCCCUUUUACUGUGGUUUUACGUUUGGGCUGAAAAGUAAAUAAGCUCCUGUAUAUAUUUAAUAUUAGGUAUGUUAGUUGUAUUUUCGUGAAAAAUACUCUUUCUACAGAAGGUCACUGUGGAACUGAUCCUCGCUGCUCUCUCUCUGUCAGCGUCGCGUAGAUAUGACGUCACUUUGUUAUUGCACCAGGCUGGGGACGUGUUGCUGUCGCUGAUCAGACGUGAUGAGUCAGCGGUCCGAGCGACGAGGGAUCCAUGUGGACCAAUCCGAGUUGCUGUGUAAGAAAGGAUGCGGUUACUAUGGUAACGCGGCAUGGCAGGGGCUAUGCUCUAAGUGCUGGAGGGAGGAGUACCAGCGCGCACGACAGAAACAGAUCCAGGAGGACUGGGAACUAGCUGAGAAGUUACAGAGGGAGGAGGACGCAGCGUACGCCAGCAGUCAUGGCUCUCAGCCUCAGCCCUCUCUCACUCCAUUCUCCAAGUUUGAGGAGAAAAAGACCAACGAGAAAACGCGCAAAGUGACCACGGUGAAGAAGUUCUUCAGCCCGUCAUCACGCAGCACCACGAAGAAAGGUACGAGAACUGUCACACAUUCGAGCAGCGCGACUGAGGCAGGGGCCAGGAGUGAUUCGGACUCGUCUGUCUGUCUGUCCUUCUGUCUGUCUGCCUGUGUUUUGCUGUGUGUUUGCUUCAUAAUUGUUGUCUGCUUGAGUUGUUUGCUGAAGUUCAGAAGACCUACAGAUGAGGUUACGUGUGUGUGCGUGUGUGUGUGUGAGAGAGAGAGAGAGAGAGACAACUCCCCCGGAAUGUUUCCUCAUCCUGUGCCCCGCCCCCAUUCACGCAUCACUUCCUCUUCUCAUCAUGUUGUCUGUUUAGAGAAAGAGAGGAAUGAAGAAAGGGAGAGAGAAAGGGAGAGAGAGAGAGGAGAGAAGGUGCAGGGCAGGAGGGAGAGUCACGGAGAGAUGCUGCUGCGAGAUCUGAAGGGUAUUUUUACACACUCGUGGGAGAUCGGCUCUCCGACUGAAGCUCUUGUUUCCAGACUCAGAGAGAGUCACGAGGCGAAGUCCCACAGUCCGUCGUUUGUGCGUCAGUCGAGUGUGGAGACGGAUCAGGUGGCGCGGGAGUUUGUGGAUUUCCUGAAGAGUCUGAAACCGGGACGAGAAAUUCACAAACAGAGCCGAGCCUUUGUGGAGAGCAUGGGUAAUAAAAAGGACCUCGGCGCUGACGAGCUCUCCGAGUGCGUGCAGGAUUUCUACCAGCACAUGUCUGACCGUCUCCUCACUCACUUUAAAGGUUCCUCUGAGAAGGUGGAGCGAGUGAUGGAUCAGGUGGAGAAGUAUAUCAUGACACGCCUCUAUAAGAGUGUGUUCUGUCCUGAGACCACUGACGAUGAGAAGAAAGAUCUGACUACGCAGCACAGGAUCCGGGCAUUACACUGGGUGACCAUCCAGAUGCUGUGUGUUCCCGUGGAUGAAGAAAUUCCAGAAGCAGCUGAUAGUGUAGUGAAGGCCAUUACAGAUGUAAUCGAGAUGGACUCGAAGCGUGUGCCGAGAGACAAGCUGGCCUGCAUCACCAGCUGCAGCAAACACAUCUUCAACGCUAUCAAGGUGACGAAGAAGGAGCCGGCGUCGGCCGACGAUUUCCUGCCCACGCUCAUUUACAUCGUGCUGAAGGCCAACCCGCCGCGCCUGCAGUCCAACAUCCAGUACAUCACACGCUUCUGCAACCCGAGCCGGUUGAUGAGUGGAGAGGACGGCUACUACUUCACCAACCUGUGUUGUGCGGUGGCGUUUAUCGAGAAGCUGGAUGCUCACUCCCUCAACCUGAGCGUUGAGGAUUUCGAGCGUCACAUGUGUGGCGGUGGUGAUGGCAGCGGAUCCGGUGAUGUUUCUCCACGCAGGAGAUCCGAGUCGUCGUCGCCGUGGCCACUCGAGCUGCUCUCGGCUCUGCAGGAACGUCAGCAGCAGGUUCUGGAGGAGGCGCGGGAUCUUCAAGAUGAGCUCCAGCUCUGGCAGGAGGGCGUGGCCCGCGAGGUGCAGAACAUUCUUGACAAAUACCCACUGGAGAUCAAGAGGCACGCGGCACACACCAUUGACUCGGAGAACGAGGAGAACGACAGGCUGCCCCCGCCCCUGCAGCCUCAAGUGUUCGCCGGUUAGAACCGCAGACCAAAUUGAAGGAGUCAGUGUGAGUCAGUGUGAGUCAUUGUGAGUCAGUGUGAGUCAGUCAGUGUGAAUCAUUGUGAGUCUGCAAGUCAGUGUGAGUGAGUCGGUGUGAUUGAGAGUCAGAGUUUCAGUGUGAAUCAGAGUCCAGACGCUUUCAAAAUAACACUACUGUGUAUUUAAACUAAAGUAAUAACUGAGAACCUUCGCUUAAACAAGCAGGUUUUUCUGAACACAUUACUUGUUGAUGAGUUUCAAACCGGGAUGUUUAUCGAGUUGUGUGUUUUAGGAAAAACAAUGCUACGGUCGAGUCAUGAACAGAAAGACACGCCGUUCGUAUUUUGGUCUCCUCUCUUCUAGCAUCUAACUGUCCAUGUUUCUAAGGACGUAUGAUGCUGAGAAAGUUCUAAACUUCUGUGUGUGUUAGAAUCUGUGACCAUGCACAUUGUUGCCUGUCCACACCUGCUCACACACACACACAAGAGAAUUGUAAUAUAAACGUGUGCACUAGAGGGCAGUGUAAUGAAAGUCUGCUGUUUCACAAGCACUUAUGCAGAAGUUUAACUCGGACCUGACGAAGGCCCGAUAUUAAUUACUGUACAACCCAGAGCUGUAAUUGUCUGAGAGAAGAUGAUGAUGAUGCUCCUGCUCCUCUUUCUUCGUUUGAUGAGUCCUGACAUUGUGACCACUUCACAAAGUUUUUUUUUUUUCCCCUCCUGAGCUUUUAUUUAGUAAUAUUCAGAAGGACACGUGAGUUUAUUAGCAUGCAUUUCACUUCUAGGGCAUAUGGGUGCUGCCUAAUGAGGACCUCAUGUUUACUGAAACACAACCUAACCGUUUUACACACCAUUUACUUUCCUGUGUGCUCGCCAGAUUUAGCUUCUGUGAUCAUUUCAGCUCAGGUCCGUUACUGAUCACGGUGAUUCCCGACCAGACUGACUAUUGAUAACUUUUACUUGUGCUGCAAGUGUGCACUGGUGAGGGGAAGAGUGUGUGUUUGAGUAAAUCUUUCACUGGGAGCACACUCGACUCCACCUGAAAGAACGUAACUGGAGGAAUAAAACCCAAACACACACACUAUCACAUAGCAGAGUCUCAGUGAGACCAAGUGCACUAUUAAUACCUGGGUGCUGUACUAUAGCCCCCAUAGUGUGUUAUUAGUGCAUUACUACAUAUUAUUUAAACCUUAUAAACAGUUCCAUCUGACAUGUCCACUUCUCUUUCUCAUCUAAAGCCCAUCUGAUGGAUUAUUCAUGAUUCGGCUCUUAAUAUAGCCAAAUGAUUGAAGUAUGGGUGUCAAGUGAAAUACAUAUCUACUUUAGUAUCAAACUGCAUUUAAACUACUGUACAGGUGACACACACACACACACUGCAUUAACUACUUUUUAAAGGCAUUUGCUUUAAAUUAUGUAAGAAGUAUCUACGUUUGGUUACGGUACAUUGUACAAAUUGUCUUAAUUUUUUCCCCCAUUAAUAUUAACAUUAUUAAUAUAUUAUAUUAAUGUACAGCGGUGUGACAAGAAUCAUAAACAUUAUACGUUAUACUGCAAUAUUUAACCAUACGUGCUUUAGGAAAGGAAAGAUUAUUAUCAGAAGUACAGGUUUCUGGUCAGAGUUUGUUUUUAUCGGACAAAUUAAAAGGCAGAAUUAGAAAUGUACACUGUAAAUCAUGAUUAAGCUCAGGCAGGAUGUGUACCGAUUAAACGUGGAGACAAUUGUUUGUUUGUUUGUUUGUUUUUUGGUCACUAGCUAAUUUGCAUUAAUCUCAAUUUCAAGUAUAUCUUUAAAAAAACUAAUUGAUCAGUAAAAGGUGGUGAACUCUUCACUUAUUGUGAGUGAUGAUGUGUUUAUAACGUGGAUAUUAACACCCAAUAAACACCGAGUCCAGCGUUUAGAGUUCUUCAGGAGGAAACGCGGCGAGUGUGAGUCGUGUAAAACACUUAACGUCGGCUGUUUUAGAGCUUCGUUAUCGUCCUGUCUCAUUUUUUUUCUUUGCAUCGUUUUUACACAUUUCACAAACACACUAACUCUAAUCGUGAUCGAGGUGCCGUGGUGAGUGUGAGAUUAAAAUUUAUACUGCUUUUAUUUAUAAGGUACAGAUAACUGACUGGGAUGUUGUUUCACUGUUCUGUAACGUCCUGUAAAUAAAAAAACUGAAUAUAAAAGCGUAACAUUUUCA